UCUACAGUCUCCCCUGCUGCAGAACGCAUUCGGUUUAUUCUGGGGGAAGAAGAUGAAGGCCCAGCACCCCCUCAGCUCUUCACUGAGCUUGAUGAGCUACUAUCUGUGGAUGGUCAAGAAAUGGAAUGGAAGGAGACAGCCAGAUGGAUAAAGUUUGAAGAGAAGGUGGAGCAGGGUGGAGAGAGAUGGAGUAAACCCCAUGUUGCCACACUGUCUUUGCACAGCUUGUUUGAGCUGAGGACGUGUAUUGAAAAAGGGACGAUACUACUUGACCUAGAGGCCAAUUCACUCCCACAGGUAGUUGAGAAAAUCCUUGAUAACCAGAUUGAGACAGGUCUGCUGAAGCCAGAGUUUAAGGACAAGGUGACCUACACACUGCUCAGGAAACACCGACACCAGACCAAGAAAUCUAAUCUACGUUCUUUGGCUGACAUAGGGAAAACAGUCUCCAGCGCAAGUAGGAUGUUUACCAACCCUGAUAAUGGUAGUCCAACAACGCCACACAGGAACCUGACAUCCUCCAGUCUGAAUGACAUUUCAGACAAGCCUGACAAAGAUCAAGCCUACAAAACUCAACUCAUGAAGCAAAAGCAGCUGAAAAACAAAUUCAUGAAAAAAUUGCCAAGAGAUGCUGAAGCUUCAAAUGUACUUGUUGGAGAGGUCGACUUCCUAGAGAAUCCCUUCAUUGCUUUUGUCCGACUAAAGGAUGCAGUGAUGUUUGGUGCCCUCACAGAAGUUCCUGUACCAACACGAUUCCUUUUUAUCCUCCUGGGACCAAAAGGAAAAGCCAAGUCAUACCAUGAGAUUGGAAGAAGUAUAGCCACUUUAAUGUCUGAUGAGGUAUUUCAUGACAUCGCCUAUAAAGCUAAAGACAGGCAGGACCUGAUCGCUGGAAUUGAUGAAUUUUUAGAUGAAGUAAUUGUACUUCCACCUGGGGAAUGGGACCCAACUAUAAGGAUAGAACCGCCAAAGACUCUUCCUUCAUCUGAUAAGAGGAAAAACAUGUAUGCUGGAGGGGAGAAUGUACAAAUGAAUGGAGACACUCCUCAUGAUGCUGGUCAUGGUGGUGGAGGACAUGGUGACGCUCCAGAAUUAAGAAGAACUGGACGGUUUUGUGGUGGGUUAGUUGAGGAUAUCAAGAGGAAAGCACCUUUUUUUGCAAGUGACUUUUAUGAUGGCCUAAGCAUCCAGUCACUUUCAGCCACACUCUUCAUUUACCUGGGAACUGUGACCAAUGCUAUUACCUUCGGAGGUCUUCUUGGAGAUGCUACAGAAAACAUGCAGGGUGUUUUGGAGAGCUUCCUGGGUACUGCUGUCUCUGGUGCUGUAUUUUGCCUUUUUGCUGGUCAGCCACUUACAAUUUUGAGCAGCACGGGUCCUGUCCUUGUGUUUGAGAGACUGUUAUUUAACUUCAGCAAAGAUAACGGGUUUGACUACUUAGAGUUCCGCUUGUGGAUUGGCUUGUGGUCAGCUUUCUUGUGUCUCAUAUUGGUGGCAACAGAUGCUAGUUCCCUGGUCAAGUAUUUUACACGGUUCACAGAGGAAGGCUUUGCCUGUCUUAUCAGCUUCAUCUUCAUCUAUGAUGCAUUUAAGAAAAUGAUCAAGUUUGCAGAUUAUUAUCCAAUCAACUCAGAUUUUUCAGUCUAUGAUGUUACAUUGUUUAAUUGUGCCUGCAUCCCGAUGGAUCCAAGUAACAGCUCAUUUUUUAAUGAGACCACAGAAGCUCCCCUGGAAUUCUUGACUACCACUGAGGAUCCAUACCACAACCACACCAUUGAAUGGUCAUCUCUGAACAAAAAGCAAUGUCUGAAAUAUGGAGGCCAGCUUGUUGGCAGAAGCUGUAAAUUUGUUCCUGACAUCACUUUAAUGUCUUUUAUCCUGUUCUUUGGCACCUACACAUGCUCUAUGGCUUUGAAAAAGUUCAAAACCAGCCGCUACUUUCCAACCACAGCCAGAAAACUGAUCAGUGACUUUGCCAUCAUUUUGUCCAUUUUGAUUUUCUGUGGAAUUGAUGCUCUUGUUGGAGUUGAUACACCAAAGUUGAUUGUCCCAAGUGAAUUCAAGCCAACAAGUCCCAACCGAGGCUGGUUUGUCCCCCCCUUUGGAGGAAACCCUUGGUGGGUGUAUCUGGCUUCUGCUUUGCCGGCUUUACUCGUCACCAUCUUAAUCUUCAUGGAUCAACAGAUUACAGGUGUCAUCGUCAACAGGAAGGAACACAAGCUAAAGAAAGGAGCUGGGUACCACCUGGACCUGUUUUGGGUGGCUGUGCUGAUGAUUGUGUGUUCUUUCAUGGCUCUUCCUUGGUAUGUGGCUGCAACUGUCAUCUCUAUUGCCCACAUCGACAGCUUGAAAAUGGAAACUGAGACAUCAGCUCCAGGAGAGCAACCAAAGUUCUUGGGAGUAAGGGAGCAGCGAGUUACAGGUAUUGUUGUGUUCUUACUGACUGGUAUAUCCGUCUUCAUGGCACCCAUAUUAAAGUUUAUCCCCAUGCCUGUCCUGUAUGGUGUCUUCUUAUACAUGGGGGUGGCUUCACUUAAUGGAGUACAGUUCAUGGACCGCCUGAAGUUGCUUUUGAUGCCAGCCAAGCACCAGCCAGACUUCAUUUAUUUACGGCAUGUUCCUCUACGCAGGGUGCAUCUCUUCACUUUCAUUCAGAUCUUAUGUCUGGCACUGCUUUGGAUCCUAAAAUCCACAGUGGCAGCUAUUAUAUUCCCAGUAAUGAUCCUUGCCCUUGUAGCAGUAAGGAAGGCUAUGGACUACCUCUUCUCCCAGCAUGACCUUAGCUUCCUCGAUGAUGUCAUCCCUGAGAAAGACAAGAAGAAGAAAGAGGAUGAGAAGAAAAAAAAGAAGAAGAAGGGAAGUGUGGACAGUGACAAUGAUGAUUCUGACAGUCCCUAUACAGAAAAUGUCCCCAGUAUAAAAAUCCCAAUGGACAUCAUGGAACAGGAGCCAUUCUUAUCUGAUAGCAAACCCGGAGAAAAGCCAUUUACAUUCCUUGAACGACACACAUCAUGCUGA